UGGAUGCAAACUGGGGUAAAGUACUCUGGUUUUUUUUCUUGUGGACAAACUCCACAUUAGCGGUUACCUGUUGUUGUGGUACUGGUAGCGGUACCUGGUUUCGCUCUUGGUCUAUCCCGGUCGACCGACCUCAGCUGAGGAGGUAGGACCUCAUUGGAACUUUUGUUGUUGCUUCCAUAAAUACGUAGGAGUAGAUUAGUCAUGCCUCUUUGGUCCCGUAUUGACUCUGACCGUGACGACGGCGGACCACAAUGCGGGGGGGACUGUGGGGAAUCGGAGUUGAGAGCUAAGGUAGCGGAGCUUUCAUUAGGGAUUGCGACUAUCAAGGAACACUUUGAUGAGGUACGCGCGAAGAAGGAGGAGAAAGCUCGGAAGAAGUGGGAGAAGGAAAAACUCAAGGAGGAAGCCAAGCGGAGGGAAGAAGAAGAGGAACAACAACGCGCUGAGGAAGAAGCGAGACGUGCAGCGAAGAAGAAGAAGAAAGAUGAGAAAGCUAAGAAGGAGAACGUCGCGAGAGCCGAGAUGAAGAAGGAGGUGACACUACAUGCUGCGAGAAUGAUCUGCGAGAUUAAGGAUGAAUGGCUGCAACAGUGGAAGGCGACUGCGUUACCGGAAACUGCAGGAGAGAUCAAAGAUGUGAAGGGGAAGAAAGUCGUGAAAGUCAUCUCCGUCGAGGACGAAGGGUCUGAUUACAAUACCGAAGGGAGCGAGACUAGUGUUACGCAGGAACUGAGCGAAAAGACGGGGAGACUUUGCCUGUCCGAGAAGAGGAAACGAGAAGAGGAUGUCAAGAUGGAGGACAGUCCUCCAAUGGAACUGCCGGCCAAGCGGACACUGGGAAGAUUGGGCCUCAAGCCCGACAUCCCGAACACACGCUUGCUUCGCUCGAAGAGUAAGGCGAAGGGCCAACGUUUGGUGAUUCCUGCUAAGAUACGCACACCUGUGAAAACCCCGUUGUCAAAGAUGAACAAGUCAAAGAAGACACCUCCGACUGGGAGGUUGACGUCGGCAAGUAAAGCGCUAGCCAGAUUGCGAUUCUGCGACGCAGUCAUUAAAGAGAUAAAGGAUUGUAAUGCGGAGGAACUGCAACGAAUGUACCGAGAGGAGGGCUUACAUUACGAUGGCAAGUUGGACGCCAUCUUUUGCCUCUCGGAACACCGCGCGCAGCGACACUUCGGACGAGACGGGGAGGUCAAAGCGAUCGACGUGCCCCCAAUCGAUCUGGGAUCAACUGAAGUGGAAGAAUCGGUAGGAACGGAAGGGUGAUCGGAAGUACCCCUGAAUCGCUGGUGGGAGUUAUGCAGGUAUGGACUUCCCGCGUGUUAAUGAACACAUUAAGUUUCG